GUGCUAAGAACCAGCUCAUUGUGAAUGGACAAUAGGAGCAUUUGAGUUCCAGCAGCAGAAACAGAUGAGAGAGACCACGAAGUCUGGAGCACAGGGGCAGGCAACAGCAAGAAAACCAGGACUGUGUGUAUGAUGCGAUGCCCGGAUCUUGGCUGAUGAGUUGGCUUCGGAUGUUUGGGGUUGUGCUGGGCUUCUUCUGUUUUUCAACUUUGCUGAAGGCAGCUCCCGAGUUUUCAGGUUACUUACAGAAGAUUUUGAAAAACCAUACUGCCCACGCCUGUGAUAGGGAGCAGAUGACAAUAAUUUGCCCCCACAAGACUUCCAUUAGUGUCCUUUCUGCAUUCUAUGGACGCCGAGUGCCCAGUCGAAACCUAUGCCCAACCACAGAAGACCUCUCCUUGGAAAGCACCGAUUGUGUGUCUGCCACAGCUCACCAGAAAAUGAUGGAUGAGUGUCAGGACCAGCGAUGGUGUCAUUUCUCUGUCCACAGCCAUGUGUUCGGCCCUGAUCCAUGCCCAGGUACGCACAAGUACUUGGUGGUCUCCUACAAAUGCAGACCAGCCAACCAUCGCCUGAAGACCGUGUGUGAAAAUGAAAAACUGAGACUGCAGUGCCGGAACAAGUCCAUCCUAGCUAUUUACUCUGCCAUCUAUGGGAGGCCUUUGCGGGGAAAGCCAGAAUGCGAAUCGGUGAACAGGACGGGACCUGACAUAGAGUGUCUGGCUCCUGAUGCCUUGAGGAGAGUUUCCCGGAGGUGUCACAAGAAGGAGAACUGCACCAUUGUUGCUGAUAAAGCCACUUUCGGAGACCCCUGCUUGCCUGGAGUGAAGAAACAGCUGAGAGUCUCCUAUACUUGCGUGCCAAGGCAGCUGCUGGAAGAGGUGGGCCGCAACUCCCAAGAAGACCCUUUCUUAAUCUCAGACUACACACAUGGUGGCUGGUACACUGGGCCGAGACUUUCCAGGCUCCAAGAAAAUCUGAUGAUAUUUACUAGCUCUCUGGAAACUUUUGCCCUUUUCUGGGGCGUUCCUGAGAAGGUGGGCUUUUAUUUCCUGUGCGGAGUCUCAGGAGGCCUGGUGUUCCUCCUCCUCCUCUUUGCACCCAAAGUGGCCUUCCUCCAGGAUUUAAAGGAGGCUUUCAAAGCUGCAGAGCUGAGCGAAAGCUUAGAGCUGGAGACCACUAAGCUGCAGGAUGAGCAGGAUGACGAGAAUCACGAUGACAGCUCCUCCGACUCCUCCUUCCGCCGCCUCACUCGCACCUACCGCAACUCCAACAAUAUAUUUGGGCCAGAGCUCACUGCAGCCCUGGAAGGAGCGGCAGACCAUAUGGGCCACGAGGGAGAUGAGAUCUGGAUACCCAAGGAGUCCAGCCCAUAUGCCAUCCACAAAAUUAAGUCUGCUACCAAAUGAGAAAGAAUUUGCCAUGGGAACAAGGUCAGAGCUGUCUGUUGUAAGCUGAGGUGGACUGAGCUCAAUGGCUUCGUAGAAUUAUUGAAUCAUAGAAUCACAGAGUCAAAAAGAAUCCCCAAAAGUCAUUUAGUCCAACCCCCUGCAGUGCAGGAAUCACAUCUAAAAAAUCCCUGACAGAUGACCAUCCAACCUGUUUAAAAACCAAUGAAUUAAGAGUCCACCAUCUUCCAAGGUAGCCCGUUCCGCUGUCCAACAGCUCUUACUGUCUGAAAGUUCUUCCUAAUGUUUAGUUGGAAUCUCCUUUAUUGUAACUUUAAUCUGUUGGUUUGGGUCCUACCCUCUGGAGCAAGCAGAAAACAAGCUUGUUCCUCCAUCUUCCACAUCACAGCCUUAUAGAUAUUUGAAGAUGGCUGUGAUAUCACCCUUCAGUCUUCUCUUCUGUAGGCUGAUCAUACCCAACUCCCUCAACUCCUUACAAUAAAGGAGAUUCAUAAUGUCUCCAGACCCUUUAUCGCUGGGGCUUUGCGAAGUUGGUUUUGCUAUCUUCUUUUCCCAUUCCAAAGUAUUUGGGGCAAGGGAUUAGAAAUGUAAAAUACCUGAGUAUAUUAUGAGUAGGUCCCCAUUUGCAUCUACAUUUAAAGCGGUGUUAUACCACUUUAAACUGUCAUGGCUUCCCCCUUCCAGAGCUGCUAUUCACAGAGUGGUUUAACAAUCAAUCCUUUUCCCCAGAUAACUUUGGGAGUUGCAGCACUGUGAGGGGAAUAGGGGGUCUCCUAACAACUCUCAGCACUUGCUAACUACAGUUUCCAGGAUUCUUUCAAUGCCUAGUGCAGAUGGGACCUUAAGUUACAGAGAUAGGGAGCCUGUGGUGACCUCCAGAUGUUGUUGUACUAUAACUCCUACCAUCCCUUCCCAUUGGGCAUGCUGGCUGGGGAUGGUGGGAGUUGGAGCAAGCCUUCCAGUUGUUGCUGCACUACACCUCCCAUCAUUCAUGACCACCUCUGGUUGGGGUUGAUGGGAAUUGUAGUCCAACAGCAACAGAAGGGCAUCGCUCUGCUCUUAUCAUAUUUCUUUCAUUUUCUGAAUGCCAAACUAGACCAAGUUAGAUAUAGGAGGAAGAACUGCCGGGUCUGCCUGGUUUCAAUGGCCUUCAGCAACACUAUCCAGAGAAAUAUUGAUGUGGAAACCUAGUCUUUGUUGUUGUUGUUUUAAAAAAUACUCUAGCUCAGUAUAUGUAACACCUGGAAGCUGACUUGACAUAAAACUAUGUAAUGUGAGUUUUGAAAACAGGGAGAGGCUGCUGCAUUUAACAGAUUGAUUUGCUCUUCCUACUGCAUUUUUAACCUUAUUUUUCAGAUACGCUCAUGAGCAAAAUCCGGCAGCACCUGCUUCCUUCUCUGGAUGUGUUUAACAGGCCUGAAUGCCAAGAGCUGUAAAUCUGAAAAUAAAAAUAUUUUGCACAAAAUUUAAAGUUU